GAAAAAAGGGGUGAGACCAAGACUGAGCGACGUCAUCGAAGCAACAUUUGAAAACAAUUGACAUCCACAUGUGCGCGACCAUUCACAAACGAAGUCUCCAGUAAAACAUCGAAAUUGAGGGCUAAAAUCUCAGCAAAACCGAAUUAAUGAGCUCCCUCCGCCUUGCCGCGCGACACCUAAAACCAACACAGCCCAUCCCCACACGCAGACUAAUCAUCAGCAUCACGAAAGCCAAAGCUCAAACAACCAAAAUGUCAACAUUCACAAUCCCCAAUUCAAACCUCAAAGUGAAUAGCAUCCCAGACCUAAGCCAGAAUGAUCUACUCUCAUUCCCAGCCUUCAAAAUCUGGAUAACAACCCUCCAGCAAUCCCUCGCGCGACAAGAACACCCCUCACACGAGUUCCACAGUGACCCAUAUGUACUGCGCAAAAUCGAUAUCCAAGCCGUCGACCGCUUCGGUGGCGGGCGACUAGGCUUCAUUAAACUCAAAGCGGAGGUAUCGAAUGGCCAGGGCGAGACUUUGCCCGGUAGCGUAUUUCUGCGGGGUGGCAGUGUCGGCAUGUUGCUCAUCCUCCAACCGGAUGAUAUACCCACCCCGAGUGAAAAUGACAAGCGCGCUAUCCUGACCAUCCAGGCCCGCAUCCCAGCAGGCUCGCUGUCGUUCCCGGAGAUCCCGGCUGGGAUGCUCGAUGACAGCGGGACGUUUGCUGGCGGUGCAGCGAAGGAGAUCGAAGAGGAGACGGGGUUGCGGGUUGAGCAGGGGGAUUUGAUUGAUAUGACCUCGCUGGCGCUGCAGGCUGCGCAGGAACCUGGCUACGGUGAGCGUCUGCAAAAUGCUGUUUAUCCGUCUCCUGGUGGGAGUGAUGAGUUUAUUCCGUUGUUUUUGUGUCAGAAGUCUAUGCCCCGGAAGGAGAUUGAGGAGUUGCAGGGGAAGUUGACGGGAUUACGAGAGUUCGGGGAGAAGAUUACGCUUAAGGUUGUUCCUUUGGCGGAUUUGUGGAAGGAGGGGCUUAGGGAUGGGAAGACUUUGGCUGCUUGGGCUUUGUAUCAGGGGUUGAAGCAGGAGGGGUUGCUUUGA